CAAGAUCGCACCUAACAACCCCUUAUCCAUUCACUUACACACUUAAACAUUAAGAGCAUAAAACUGAAGUAAAAAAACACACAUUAUUAUCAAAUUUUCCUGCAGCGUCUAUACGAGUCACGAAACCAGAUUACCACGAGCCUUCUCUCUCCUCUCUCCUCUCUCUCUCUCUCUCUCACAUUCUCUACCGCAAGAGCUCAGAGAACUGUUAACACAUAGGACUUAAAUGCCGUCGGAGAUCCAGCGACCGGCGAGAUCGACGGCGGCGUCUGGAGGAUAUCGGCGAGACUUCAGCCCCGACUCUUUGAUCUUCACACCGGAUUCAAAUCUCAGCCUAUUAUCCUCCGCUUCCGUUAGCGUUGAUCGCUGCUCCUCAACCUCCGACGCUCACGACCGCGACUCUCUCGUCUCCGCUCCCUCACGGGAGCGAGAUCAACGGGUGAGCUCGAGCUGUAAAGAUCUAGAUCCAGACAAGCGUGGAACAGCGUGGAAGAAGAACAGUCGCAGUUCAAGGAAAUCAAAUAAAGUGAAAGCUUGGAAAGAAGAGUUUGUGGUGAAUAAAGAAGACGAAAUACAGAAUCUUGAUUCAGCAAGAACCUCUUUCUCUGUAGCUCUUAGAGAAUGCCAGGAAAGAAAAUCAAGAACUCACGAAGCUGCUCUAGCGAAAAAGCUAGACAAUCAAAGGAAUACUACUUCAUUGGAUCUCAGUAACGUAACCUCUUCAUCUCCACGAAUCGUAACCGCCAAGCGAGCUUCGGUUUCGACUAAUAAAUCAAGCGUGUUCCCUAGUCCCGGGACUCCGACCUAUCUGCACAGUAUGCAGAAAGGUUGGAGCUCAGAGAGAGUAGCAUUACGUUCAAACGGAGGGGCGAAUGCUUCUUUGUUACCUUUGUAUAGUGGUAGAACGGUUCCUUCGAAGUGGGAAGACGCAGAGAGAUGGAUACUUAGUCCUCUUGCUAAGGAAGGAGCCGCUCGGACUUCGUUCACAGCAUCACACGAGAGGCGGCCGAAGUCGAAAAGCGGUCCUUUGGGGCCUCCGGGGCUCGCGUAUUACUCGUUGUAUUCUCCUGCUGUUCCUAUGGCUCAUGGUGGGAACAUGGGUUGUUUAACAUCAAGCUCUCCGUUUUCAGCUGGUGUGUUGCCAGGAAAUGGUUCUGUUCCUCAAAGAACCGAUCAUUGUAUUGCUAGAUCAGUUAGCAUCCAUGGCUGCUCUGAAACACUUGCACCUUCAUUGUCAUCACCACAAGAUAAUAUACAUGAAAGUAUUAAGGAUGCUGCGAAUGAUGCUCGAGCUGUGUCGAGAAGGGAUAUGGCGACACAGAUGAGCCCAGAAGGAAGCAUUCGCUUAUCCCCUGAGAGACAGUGUUCUUUCUCUGCCUCAUCUCCUUCAUCAUUAACUAUUGUGGAGCUACUGAAUGCUCGUUCAAACCGAGCAGAAGUCAAGAAGUUACAGGUUGAUGAGAAGGUGACUGUGACUCGCUGGUCAAAGAGGCAUAGAGCUCUGUACCAUGGAGAUAGCUCGAAUAUGCGAGACCACUUACAUGGACAAGAUAGGGAUAAUCAAGGUUUGACAUGGGAAAAAACAGAGGAAGCCAGAAUCAUAUCUUGGGAAAAUUUGCAGAAAGCUAAGGCAGAGGCAAAUAUAAGAAAGCUAGAGAUGAAAUUGGAAAAGAAAAGAUCAUCAUCAAUGGAGAAAAUAAUGAGAAAAGUGAAAUCAGCAGAGAAGAAAGCGCAAGAGAUGAGGAGUUCGGUGUUAGAAAAUCGUAUAGCUUCAAAUGCAUCACAUGGCAAGGCUUUAUCUUUCAGAAUAAGUGGGAAGAAGAAGAUUGCUUCCUUAAGUGGUUGCUUCACCUGCCAUUUAGUUGAG